AAGGUUUGCAACCGCACUUUUGGUUCUAUGCAGGAAAUUGUUUCCCAUUUAAAUGUUGACCAUGUUGGAGCCCCUGAUCAAACCACUCAUACAUGCCAUUGGGAAAACUGUCAACGUGCUGGAAAACCGUUCAAAGCCAAAUAUAAGCUAGUUAACCAUAUUAGAGUACAUACUGGUGAGAAACCAUUUCAAUGUCCUUUUCCAAGUUGUUGCAAAUUAUUCGCCCGCUCUGAAAACCUAAAAAUCCAUAAGAGGACUCAUACAGGCAAUAGUGAAAAACCGUUUAUAUGCGAGUUUGAAGGAUGCGGUCGUCGAUUUGCCAAUUCCAGCGAUAGAAAAAAACAUUCGCAUGUUCAUACUUCUGAUAAACCAUAUAUAUGCAAAGUACCGGGAUGUGAAAAGGCAUACACGCAUCCUUCGUCAUUGCGAAAACAUAUGAAGACCCAUAGUAAAUCAUCGCCA